AAUCCUAGCGACGAGCGCCCGCCGGGGGCGGCCGUCCACCGCCUUGAUUCCGCCUCGCUCCAUUCCUCGCUCGAUUCGCGAUUGAUUGAUUAAUCUCUCUUUCUUGCUCCUCGCCUCGGGCUCGCGCUCUGAUUUCUAGGAUUUCCUCCGCUGCCGCAUUACUGCGGGCCUCGUGAAUAUUACGCGCGAUUGUACACGCCAGGGCGGAAGAACAGGCGCCAGCCAGCGCUCCCCCCCUUCCAAAUUCCGGAAUCCGGAUGCCUGCGCUGGGAUCGAGGCGCGGCGAGCGAGAGAGAGAGAGAAAGAGAGAGAGAGCGCUGCCAGUGGCGGAGGCUGGAACUAGGCCAGGCCAACAGAUUCCCGAGGGCGCCGUUUUGCUGUUCUAGUCGGAGGCGUGAAGAUCUUCGCCCGUGCCGUGCCGUGCCGUUCCUCUCUUAGCUUGGAGCUUACACAAUUCGCGCAUCGCACGCAGCAUGGUGAGAAAAGGAUCUAUCAAAGUCCUUUACUGUUCAAGAACAGGCAUGCAGCGAGGAGCAAGUGAUCGUCCGGCACGCCUCUUCUUUUUGUAUCCAUGCAGCAAACUCAAGCUCAUGGCUUCCUUUCUUUUCUGCAAUCCUUUAGCUGUCCUUCUCGUGUUGACGUUUACAAUUUUUAUCCAGCCGAUAAGAGUGAUGAAAGGAGAGCGAUUUCAGCUGAAAGCGAUGGGAAAAGCACCCAAGCUGGAUGAUCUCAAAGUCAGGCCUCCGAGUCCUCCAACACCUUGGAAGGAAUCUUUUCCUUUUGCGUGCCUCGGAACCAUAAAGCCCGUGUCAUAUACCAUUCCUGUGCUGCUGCUGCUGCCGCUGCUGCUACUGCUCCUGCUGCUCCUCUGCCGCAUUGAAGGGGCCUCAGUUAGUCCAGGCAGGGAAAGGAAUCCUAACGUUUGGAUACGCGGGUGCUCUUUUGUUGGGAUCGAUAAGCAAGCAUCCACCAGGAGCAACGGUUUACUGAUCGUCUUACAGGUAUUUUAGCAGUCCCCCUCUGCAGACAAAGAGAAAGCGAAGGCAACGAGCCAAAGCAGAAGUUCAAAAAUGGGGGAUUGUGAGUACACACACACACACACACACACUCUUGCAGCACUGCAGCAGGUUUAUGCAACACCAACACCACAGGAGCUCGUAGCCCAAUGAGAUUCUUGAACGAAUUUUGGGAGGGAUCACACAGAUCCCUGCUCCAGAGACAACAUCAUUUUCUAUCCAGCCAAAAUCCCAUGGCAUCAUUGGAAUAAAUAGUGAUCUUGUAGACAAGUCAUAAGAGGAUUGAAAUCAAGCGUUUACAUUUCUAAGCAAUUUUGGUUUUGAUAUACCUAUACCUUUUUUACCUUUUCUUUAAAGUAGAACUAGUACCCUAAAUCAAGUUGUAAUUU